AUGUCAGAUAAGGAUCAAGUAAAAGGAGUAUUAGAAUUAGAUCCAUGGUUAGAACCAUUUACAAAUCAAUUAAUCAAGAGACAAGAAUUAUCUAAAAAAUGGAUAAAUGAUUUAGAAAAAAAUGAAGGUUCAUUAUUAAAAUUUGCAAGUUCUUAUGAAAACUAUGGAUUGAAUCCAACUUCAAAUGGUGCCAAAAUAAUAGAAUAUAUACCUGAUGUUAUUGAAGUUAGUCUUGUUGGAGAUUUUAAUAAUUGGGAAUUGAAUUCACAUAAAUUAACCAAAAAAAAUAAUUUUGGAUUAUGGGAAUUAGAAAUUGAAGGAGAAAAUACCAUACCUCAUGAUUCAUUAUAUAAAAUUGCAAUGAAAUCACCUAAUGGUGAAUGGAUUUAUAGAUUAGAUCCAUGGUGUAAACGUGCAACUUUUAAUAAAAUUACAAAUUUAUAUGAAGGUAGAUAUUGGAAUCCACCAAAAUCAGAAAUAUAUCAAUUUAAAAAUAAAAGACAAAGAUUAUCUCAAGGUAUUAAAAUUUAUGAAGCUCAUGUUGGUAUAUCAACACCAGAACCAAAAAUUGGUACAUAUAAAAAUUUCACUCAAAAUAUAUUACCAAAAAUUCAUGAAUUAGGUUAUAAUACUAUACAAUUAAUGGCUAUAAUGGAACAUGCAUAUUAUGCAUCUUUUGGUUAUCAAAUUACAAGUUUUUUUGCAAUAAGUUCAAGAUAUGGUACACCAGAAGAAUUAAAAGAAUUAAUUGAUACUGCUCAUGGAUUAGGAAUAAGAGUAUUAUUAGAUGUUGUUCAUUCUCAUAGUUCUAAAAAUGUUGAUGACGGAUUAAAUAUGUUUAAUGGAACUGAUCAUUAUUUAUUUCAUGGUGGUACAAAGGGACAACAUGAAUUAUGGGAUUCAAGAUUAUUUAAUUAUUCAAAUUAUGAAACUUUAAGAUUCUUGUUGUCAAAUUUAAAAUUUUUUGUUGACGUUUAUAAAUUUGAUGGUUUUAGAUUUGAUGGAGUUACAAGUAUGUUAUAUAAACAUCAUGGAUUAAGUUUUGGAUUUAGUGGUGAUUAUAAUGAAUAUUUUAAUGAAGAUUGGGUUGAUAAUGAAGCUAUUGUUUAUUUAAUUAUUGCUCAUAAAUUAAUGAAAGAUAUUAGUUUAAAAGAAAAUAUUGAAAUUACUUCAAUAGCAGAAGAUGUUUCUGGAAUGCCAACAUUAUGUAGACCAAUAGAAGAAGGAGGAAUUGGAUUCGAUUAUAGAUUAUCAAUGGCUAUACCAGAUAUGUGGAUAAAAAUAUUAAAACAUUUACAAGAUGAACAAUGGGAUUUAGGAAAUAUAGUACAUACAUUAACUAAUCGUCGUCAUGGAGAAAAAUGUAUAAGUUAUUGUGAAUCUCAUGAUCAAGCGUUAGUUGGUGAUAAAACUUUAGCAUUUUGGUUAAUGGAUAAAGAAAUGUAUACAAAUAUGUCAACAUUAAGUGAAUUAACUCCUAUAAUAGAUAGAGGAUUAUCAUUACAUAAAUUAAUUAGGUUAGUUACAUUUGCAUUAGGUGGAGAAGGUUAUUUAAAUUUUGAAGGUAAUGAAUUUGGUCACCCUGAAUGGUUAGAUUUUCCAAGAAAAGGUAAUGGAGAGAGUUAUCAUUAUGCAAGAAGACAAUUUAAUUUAAUUCAAGAUGAUUUAUUAAGAUAUAAAUUAUUAUAUAAUUUUGAUUCUGCAAUGCAACAUCUUGAUGUAUUAGAUUCUCCUCAAGCUUAUAUAUCAUUAAAAAAUGAAAAAGAUAAAGUCUUGGUAUUUGAAAGAAAUGGAUUAUUAUUUAUUUUUAACUUUAAUCCAACUCAAUCAUUUCCGGAUUAUAAAGUUGGUGUUGAAAUUCCUGGAACUUAUGAAAUUAUUUUAAAUUCAGAUGAGUCAAAAUUUGGAGGUCAUGAUAGAAUUAAAGAUAAUGAAAAUGGUAAAAAACAACAUUUUUUUACAAAUGAUGAUGGUUGGAAUAAUAGAUCUAAUUCUUUAAUGGUUUAUAUACCAAGCAGAACAGCUAUAGUUUUGAAAAAAGUAGAUUAA